UCCGGGGUGCACUCCGCUUCGGCUCCCGCACACCCCGCGCUCCCCGCGUCCACUGCCGCUCGCUCGUGCUCUGCGCCAGCUCCGCGGCCGACGCUGCGAUCCCCGGCCAUGGCCCUCUCCGUGAGAGUCGUGUAUUGUGGUGCUUGAGGCUACAAGCCCAAGUAUCUUCAGCUCAAGAAGAGGUUGGAAGAUGAGUUCCCAGGAUGCCUGGACAUCCGUGGCGAGGGGACUCCCCAGGUCACCGGAUUCUUUGAAGUGAUGGUAGCCGGAAAGUUGGUCCACUCCAAGAAGAGCGGUGAUGGCUACGUGGACACGGAGAGCAAGUUUCUGAAGCUGGUGGCUGCCAUCAAAGCCGCCCUGGCGCAGGGCUGAAGGCCCUGAGGGCAGAGUCCAGGGACCUCGACUGGCCCCCCUCGGCCGCUGUUUCAUGAUGGGAAGAACCGAAAUGUCUACGGGACGCCUGGUCUUUCCCUGAAGUUCCUGCGGCCGCCGUGUGGGGCGCAGGUGGACGCCCCUGGGCCCUGCCCCUCUCCCCUCACCCCUGUUUUCCAUCUGCCUCCAGCUUCCCUCCCAGAGGGAGAUCAGCAGAGAAGGGGUGGGAAGGACAAGUCUAAGGUUGUAGCGCUGGUU